CAGAAGGUGCAGGAAGGUGUCAUCACCUCACGAUCACAGACCUUCUGGAACAAGAACAAUUAGGGCACAAGACGUCUCCUCACUGUUUUCCACCAGUGCGAGAAAGGACACAAGCGAGGAAAACAGAUGCCGGGAAAAAAGAGGGGAGAGAGAGAGAGAGAGAGAGAGAGAGAGAGAGAGAGAGAGAGGGGGAACGCAGAGGGGAGGAGAGCGCUUGUUUUCCCUCCCCUCGCCUCCCUUCUGUUUUGAGACCUGCCUUAAGUUAAAAGAAAUCAAACCAGCGCAGAAGAGCAAGCAUGAACGACAUCAAGUUGGCCCUACUGGGAAGUCCGGGGGCUGGAAAAUCAGCUGUCCUCGUGCGCUUCCUGACCAGACGUUUCAUCGGAGAAUAUGCCUCCGACACCAAUUCUCUUUAUCGAAAAAGGCUGUCCAUCGACGGAAGGCAGCUGAAUUUGGAGGUGUUUGAUCCCUGCUCGCAGCGCUCAGAGGCUAGGUGCAUACUGGAGGAACCGGUGGCGUGGGCAGACGGUUUUGUGGUGGUCUACAACAUCAGUGACCGCAAUUCCUUCCUCGAUGCCAAGAACAUCCUGCGGCAGAUUCGUGAGACGCGCCAGCAAGACCAAUGCAAAGGAGAGCCACUAGGUGUCCCUGUGUGUCUGCUGGGCAACAAGCAGGACCUGUGCCAUGCUCGACAGGUACGCGAGGACGAAGGCCGCUGCCUGGCGCAAGAGAACCGCUGCCACUUCCAGGAAGUGUCGGCGGCCGAGGGCUACCAGGACAUCUCCGGCCUCUUCACCCAGCUCAUCAGGCAGGUGAUGGAGCACCUGAAGUACCGCGCCGACCGUCGUCGCUACAGCGGCUCCAAAUCCAUGGCCAAGCUCAUCAACAAUGUGUUUGGAAAGAGGAGGAAGUCGGUGUAACUAAGGGAUCACCAACAUGUGUAGAGUUUCCAAAUUAAACGGCAUGACACUUUAAAUUGUUUUGCCUGGUUGUAAAUAAGAACAAAGGCCAGUAUCGAGAAGGGACUGAAGUCCCUAAGAAGGCAGAUAACUGUGACUGACGAGUGAACAAAUGUCUUGUGACUCGUGACCAGUCCAAACUCUCGUUUGUUGAAAGACACCAGGAAAAGUCUUCAGAUAAGCGUUUCAACUAUUGGUUGGGCGGAUUAUUCCGACUAUGUAUACAUUCUCAAAAAGCACCAACAUAUUUCACUUUACCAUUGAUAGUACACUUAUUUACCUAUUUGUAGUUUGCCUAUCCCCAUCUGAUCACUGAUCAAUCCACUUAGAGUGUGUAUCGUACGCUACAGGGAGGGGAUGUAGCUCAGUGGUAGAGCGCAUGCUUCGCAUGUAUGAGGUCCUGGGUUCAAUCCCCAGCAUCUCCAAUUCUUAUAUCGUCAAACGGUAUUUGAAAAUGGCUGUAGGAGGUAAAUGCACACAGACUGUAUAUCAUGAACUCAAAAGAGGGGAUGUAGCUCAGUGGUAGAGCGCAUGCUUUGCAUGUAUGAGGUCCUGGGUUCGAUCCCCAGCAUCUCCAAUUCUUGUACCCUAGUGGAGGUUAAUGCUAUUGUAGUUACCAGUUGAUCUUAAUGUUAAGUAUUCAUCUUAAAAGAGCCCCAGAUUCACAAACGUGUAUGUAAUUUUGAUAUUAAUUAAAUUUCACGAAUAAUCUG